AUGGCUGGAGGCGCUCAUGCCGGAGAGUCAUUGGGCGUAGAGCGGCGAACCGCCCGCUGUUGGGAAUAUGGCAGCGUGUUCAUUCCUGAAGAUGACGGGUGUGAUGAGGAUCCGAAGACAGGCAAGUUUGCCCCCCUCGGCAGUGUCCAGGUGGUUGUCGCCUGGUUCGGAGAUGCUAAUGAUCCUAGCCUGCGGAAUGACAUCACUGAGGAGGUCCAGCGCAUGCUCUCUCCCUCGCAGCGUUCUGCAGUGCCGGCCAUGGCAAGGCUUUGGGGCGACCCGGCCAAGUUCCGGGUGAAACAGCUGGAGGUGACGUACGAGCAAGACUGGCUUGGUGAUGAAAGGCGUGAAGCUCUCUUGAGCUUGAAAGCCCGCGCGAACGAGAAGGCACAGGAGGCGCCAGAGCUGGAGAGCCUGCUGCAGCGCCUCAGCGCAACGCUGGUGGCCGCGGCGCAGUCACGUCCUUGUCCCGCGGAGUCCAUUGCCGGAUUCGGUGCUACAUCCCCAAGGUGGAGACAGCUUGGCUUCCAGUCCUGCGAUCCUCGCUCAGACCUGCGCACUGGAAUCCUGGCGCUCGACUGCUUAGUCCACAUGGCGGAGAGGUAUCCCCUGGCCACGAGCCAAAUGGUCCGUGAGGCCCAAAGCGAUGGGAUCGACUAUCCGUUCGCUGUGGCGAGCAUCAACAUCACACAACACUUGGCUAGGUAUCUGCAGCUUGUCAAGGAUGGCUUGGGCUGCUCCUUCGGCUGA